UCCUCCUCCUCCUCCUCUUCCUCCUCCUCCUCCUCCUCCCACCCCUUUUCCCCUCCCCCUACUUGACUUCCCCCUCCCCUGUGCUCCUCAGUUUUCCUCUUCCUCCUCCUCCUUCUCCUCCUCCUCCUCCUCUGGUGCUGCUGCCACCACCGCCUCCUCCCGGGCUCCUGGUGCUCGGCGCUUCCCCCAGCUGCCCGCUGCUGCCAACGUGCGCACGGCUCGGGGUUCCCAGGGCAGCCCUGGGUCUUCGCGAUCUCAUUGGUUGGGGAUGUGUCUAUUUACAUCAUCCUCGAACUUCUCCCAGAUCCGACUGGGGCUGGAAGGAAUAAGUUCAUGUGAGUGGAGUACUUUGAAGAAGAAAAUUGCUAAGUAGGACUCCGUGUAUCCUCUGAACACCGAGGAGGAAAAGAGCUCCUCAAUUUGUCCAUCUGAUAAAUAGACUUUAGGUUAUGGGCAGAUCCGAAAGCCAGAUGGAUAUAACUGAAAUCAACAGCCCCAAGCCAAAGCCGAAGCAUCGAUGGAGCUCGCUGGAGCUCAGUCUGUCGGUCCUCGUGCUUCUGCUCACCAUCAUAGCCAUCACCAUGAUCGUUCUGUAUGCGACCUAUGACGAUGGAAUUUGCAAAUCAGCAGAUUGCAUAAAAUCAGCUGCUCGGCUGAUUCAGAACAUGGAUGACAACAUCAACCCUUGUACAGACUUUUUCAAAUAUGCCUGUGGAGGCUGGUUAAAGCGGAAUGUCAUUCCAGAGACCAGCUCACGUUACAGUAACUUUGACAUUUUAAGAGAUGAACUAGAAGUCGUUCUGAAAGAUGUUCUUCAGGAGCCCAAAACCGAAGAUAUAGUAGCAGUACAGAAAGCCAAAACAUUGUACAGAUCCUGUAUUAAUGAAUCUGCCAUUGACAGCAGAGGUGGUGAACCAUUGCUCAAACUCUUGCCAGAGAUCCAGGAUUGGCCAGUUACAAUGGACAACUGGGAAACAGUAUAUGGUACUUCUUGGACAGCUGAAAAAUCCAUUGCAGAUUUGAACUCUAAAUUUGGGAAAAAAGUCCUGAUCAAUUUUUUUGUUGGCACAGAUGAUAAGAACUCCACAAAUCAUAUUAUUCAUAUUGAUCAGCCUCGACUUGGCCUGCCAUCACGUGACUACUAUGAAUGCACCGGCAUAUAUAAGGAGGCCUGCACAGCAUAUGUGGAUUUCAUGAUCGCUGUGGCUAAACUGAUCCGGCAGGAUAAAGGACUGACAAUUAACGACACCCAUAUUACCCAGGAAAUGAAUCGAGUCAUGGAGUUGGAAAAAGAGAUUGCCAACGCCACAGCUAAACCUGAAGACCGGAAUGACCCAAUGCUCCUCUAUAAUAAAAUGACCCUAGCCCACAUCCAAAACACCUAUACAUUAGAGAUCAAUGGACAGCCGUUCAACUGGGCAAAUUACACAAAUGCAAUCAUGUCAACUGUGAAAAUUAGUGUUGCAAAUGAGGAAGAUGUGAUUGUGUAUGCUCCCGAAUAUUUAACCAAACUUAAGUUCAUUCUUACCAAAUAUUCUGCCAGAGAUCUUCAAAAUUUUAUGUCCUGGCGGCUCAUUAUGGAUCUCGUAAGCAGCCUCAGCCGAAACUACAAGGAGUCGAGAAAUGCUUUCCGGAAGGCUCUUUAUGGCACAACAUCUGAAACAGCCACUUGGCGACGUUGUACUAAUUAUGUCAAUGGGAACAUGGAAAAUGCUGUUGGACGGCUUUACGUAGAAGCAGCAUUUGCUGGCAACAGUAAACAUGUGGUAGAAGAUCUGAUUGCACAGAUUCGAGAAGUUUUCAUUAAGACUUUAGAUGACCUCACUUGGAUGGAUGCAGAGACCAAAAAGAAAGCUGAAGAUAAGGCGAUGGCAAUUAAGGAAAGGAUUGGAUAUCCUGAUGACAUCGUUACAAAUGAAGAAAAAUUGAACAAAGAGUACAGCGAAUUGAAUUACAAAGAGGAAGAAUACUUUGAGAAUAUCCUGAAAAACCUGAUGUUUGCGCAAAACAAGCAGCUCAAAAAGCUUCGAGAAAAGGUGGACAAGGAAGAGUGGAUAAGUGGGGCAGCUGUGGUCAACGCUUUUUAUUCUUCAGGACGAAACCAGAUCGUUUUCCCAGCUGGAAUCCUACAGCCUCCCUUCUUCAGUGCACAACAGCCCAGCUCCUUGAACUAUGGUGGGAUUGGCAUGGUGAUAGGACAUGAAAUCACACAUGGCUUUGAUGACAAUGGUAGAAACUUCAAUAAGGAUGGGGAUCUUGUUGAUUGGUGGACUCAAGAAUCAGCCAACAAUUUCAAAGAACAGUCUCAAUGUAUGGUAUACCAAUAUGGAAACUUUUCGUGGGACUUAGCAGGUGGACAACAUCUCAAUGGAAUCAACACUCUGGGUGAAAACAUUGCUGACAAUGGAGGCAUUGGGCAAGCAUACAGGGCCUAUCAGAAUUUUGUGAAAAAGAAUGGAAAAGAGAAGUUACUUCCUGGCCUUAACCUCAACCACAAACAGCUGUUCUUCUUGAACUUUGCUCAGGUAUGGUGCGGGACAUACAGGCCAGAAUAUGCUGUCAACUCCAUCAAAACCGAUGUUCACAGUCCAGGCAAUUUCAGGAUCAUAGGAACUUUGCAGAACUCCCCAGAGUUUUCAGAAGCCUUUAACUGUCGCAAGAAUGAUUAUAUGAAUCCAGAAAAGAAGUGUCGUGUGUGGUGAUGCUAGAAAGAAGUAGCAAAGGCCAAGGACAGAUGGACUUCCAUGGACAGCAGAAAAAAAUCUGGAACUUUCUACCACAGGAAAAAAAUAUGCACCAAACUCACUGUAAUUAUAAGAGGAUGUUUGAGAGGGGGAUGCUUCAAGGUGUUCAUUUCAGGUUAAGAAAAGUGACGGUGCAGCCAAAAUUGUAUGUGAGCUGCUCAAGAAAGGGUGAAGGAGAGCCCAGUUUGCUAUCCACUAAACCUAUCACAACUGUGUACAUAAUGCUUUACUCUUAAAUGGUGGCUUCAGGUUAAUGUCUGUUUCCCAUUUGGUCAGUGGAAUGAAUAUUCUCACUUGGAAACAGGUUUCAUCGCCUAUGAAUGUAGAUGGAUAUUUUUAAUCAAAGGGAGGAAGAAAAUAUCAAAGAAUAGAGUGGGAAAAUAGCUGUGUAAUGAGGACACAACAGUUGGAAACCAGAGAAUAGGUGUGGUCUGCCACCUCUAUCAAUGGAAAGUAUUGGAUUUUUCUUUCUUCCUGAUCCAUCUAUGCCCUCACCUAGACCCCUUCAAAGUGUUCUUAGAAGAAUGGGGAUUUGGGGCUUGAAGUCAUUUUGAAAAGAAGUCAUUAUCCUGUAAUCACUUUUUUCUCAUUCCAAGGCAAUUAAUUUGUCAUAAUCAUGUUCAAUAAAGAAAGGAAAAUUUAGGUCUCUCUCUUUCCUCCCCUGCUGACAGAUACUGAGAAUCCCCAAGCUCUCUUGUAAUUUUCUAAACAAUUUCUUGUUCUCUCUAGACUUGGCCUUUUUAAAAGAUUUAUAGUAAUGUAUAAAUCAUAAUUUUUAUAUUUAAUUAUUAACUACGUGUAUGACAAAGUAACUGCUAUAUCUAUAUAUACCAAUAUAGAGAAAUGGAUGCAAUGAUCACCAAUCUGCAAUUGGGAACUGACAUUUCAGGUUGAGAUCUGGAACAUUCUUUACAUUAAGGAAACAUCUGCAAACCAACAUCUGUAAAGUACUGUACGGAUUAAAAUUUGAGACUUUUUUAUGAUUCAUAUUUGCAAAAAAGCUUUAAGCCAGAAUUUUUGCAUAAAAUUCACUGUCGGUCAGAUAGGUUCCCGAUGUCUAUUGUAGAAGCAAGCAGAAAUUUCCAGAAAAAUCAGUAGUAGAUUCAUCUGAUGAGUACUGCAAUGGAUAAAACUGUUUCCAUGUGAUUCCAGGGGGAAUGGAACCACACUGGAGCAUUAGGGAGCACAGCCUCAUUUGGGUACAUUGAGGCCUUACCUGGAUGCCCCUCUAAGCAACAGCCAGGUGACAAGACUAAUAUAAGAAUUCCCAAUUAUUAAUUCUAGAGCAUCAGUAGGCACUGAUGUUGAUGAAGGCAUCAGUGAAAGGGAGAGGACAGGUUCAAUGGCCUUCGUUGUGCUUGAGUCUACUGUGAUUAGUUAACUGAAUAAACAUUCAGUAUUAUGACAUCCCCGAAUCCCAGUUUGAGUGUAAAAAGGGACCCUAGAAGUCACCUAAUUCAAAUCUUUCAUUUUCCAAAAAAGAAAAGUGAAAUGACCCAUCCAGUUGAUCAAUUGGUAGACCCAGACUUUGAACUUGGGACAUCUGACUCCAAAUUCAAGAGUCCAGUCAGAAAUGAUGUGAUAACUAAGUAAAACUAUUUUAGGAUGACUAAUUUAAUGGUAAUAAUUAGCUCAGGCAUCCAGUGGUAUGAGCAGAAAGUAUGAGAGGGGAGAAAUCUCCCCUUUCCACAUUUGUCCAUGGCCUGUGACUAUUUCUGGGACCUCAUGAUAAAGAAGUCAUUUCCUGCAUAUGACCCUGAUUCCAUGUCAUGCUUAUUUUAUCUUUCAAUGUCACCUGAUGAAAAUGUUUUUUUUAUAAUAAACAAAAACUGUGAGACCAAUACUCACCAGA